GCGCAUGGUGUUGCGCAUGCUAAAGUAGGACACGUUCAAGCAGUGUGGUGCUCGGACGUUAUGGAGGAGAAACCGGCGUCUUACGAACGAGUUGUAUACAAAAACACCUCGACGUACCACUACUUGAAGAUCUACCUAGAUUUUGAAAAUCACGACAAAAAAUCCCUGAGUCCAGAACAGUUUAAGCAGUUCAUCAUCUCUGGAGUUAAAGACCUAUACGGAGAGGUUGGAGCUGCUUUACCAUUUGAUUUGCUGACAUUCGAUCAGCACACAUUAUCAGCUGUACUGCGUGUGUAUAACAGGGGUCUGGUGAAAUUGUGGAGUGCACUAACACUGAUUGGAGCAUAUGAAAACAAACCAUGUGCUUUUAGAGUCACGCAGGUCUCGCCAUUUUUGUUAGCCUUAUCUGGAAACAGUCGUGACAUGGAGCUGUAUUAGAGUCCAUGUGAAAAUGGCCUUCAUUCUCAGAAGAACCCUGUUUGGGAGAAGUGUGCAGCAUGUUCUGAGCACAGCGGUAUUUGGGACCUCGAAGCGCUUUAUCCCAGAGUCGAGUGCCCUCAGAAUGCUCCAUGUUGGAGACCGAGCCUCGCUGACGAAGGUUUUCAGCGCCAGAGACGUUGCACUUUUUGCUGAGUUAACAGGAGACACAAACCCGCUCCACACAGACCCUGAGUUUGCCAAAAAGACCUCUUUUGAAGCUCCUAUUGUUCACGGUGUGUUGAUUAACGGCCUCAUCUCAGCAGUUUUGGGAACCAAAAUGCCAGGCAAAGGCUGUGUGUUUCUCUACCAGGAAAUUCGCUUCCCGGCACCUUUGUUUGUCGGGGAGGAGGUGGUCGCUGAAGCAGAGGUGAAGAAGAUCAAAAUGUCAUUUGUUUUCAUUUCUGUUUCCUGUUCUGUCAGAGAUAAAGUGGUGAUGGAGGGGGAGGUGAUGGUCAUGAUACCGGAAGAUAUGCAGAAGGCUUAGUUAUUAUGAACCUUUUUUUUUUUGGUAUAAUGUUAUUCUUGUACUUUAAAUGGUUAUGUUCUUCAUAGCAUCAUAUUCUUUUGGUCAGUUGCUUGCUUAAGCUUUCAAAAUAAAAAUAAUGAAGUUUA